UUCGUGGCCUCAUCUGUCAAGCGAUGCGUUUAGACAACAGGAUUUCUAAUAAUACAACUGGCUUGGAUGGGAAAGUUCUCUGGAGGUGGUCCUGGUCACCCCAGUAAGCUAGGAGCCUCACCAACUUGGGGCCCGGAGCCAGCACUGGUGCCCAGAGUCCACCAUGGAAGGCCUAGGCCUGGUGCCAGACUUCCACGCACCUUGCACAAUGGCAGCCUUUGGUCUUGAACUCUAGGAAAUGACCAGGCAAUAUUCCGCGUUGGGAGAGGAAAAAACUCCCCCUCCACAAGGACGAUAGGGGGAGGGCUGGGGUUGGGCCUCUGGGCUGGACACACCCUCGGGUCACACUGGGAGGUAGCCUGGUCAGCUGGUCCCAUUGCUGCGAUGACCAGAGCUGUGUGGGGCUCACAGCGGUGACGGGCGGCUCUCCCAGAGACUGGGGACCCUGUGAAGAUCUUGCCCUUGGGCACAAAGCAAGGAUGCGUGAGAUCGUACACAUUCAGAUCGGCCAGUGUGGCAACCAGAUCGGAGCCAAGUUCUGGGAGGUGAUUGGCGAGGAGCAUGGGAUCGACUGGGCUGGAAGCUACCACGGGGAGAGCGCCCUGCAGCUGGAGAGGGUCAGCGUGUACUACAACGAGGCCCAUGGUAAGAAAUACGUGCCCCGAGCAGUCUUGGUGGACCUGGAACCUGGAACCAUGGACAGCAUCCGAUCCAGCCGACUGGGGGCCCUCUUCCAACCGGACAGCUUUGUCCACGGUAACUCUGGGGCCGGCAACAACUGGGCCAAGGGCCACUACACGGAGGGGGCCGAGCUGGUGGAGAGCGCGCUGGACGCGGUGCGCGCCGAGGCCGAGGGCUGCGACUGCCUGCAGGGCUUCCAGCUCGUGCACUCGCUGGGCGGGGGCACGGGCUCGGGGAUGGGCACGCUGCUCCUGGGCAAGAUCCGCGAGGAGUACCCCGACCGCAUCCUCAACUCCUUCAGCGUGAUGCCCUCGCCCAAGGUGUCGGACACGGUGGUGGAGCCCUACAACGCCGUGCUGUCCCUCCACCAGCUCCUGCAGAACUCGGACGCCUGCUUCUGCAUCGACAACGAGGCCCUCUAUGACAUCUGCUUCCGCACCCUCCGGCUGGCCACGCCCACCUACGGCGACCUCAACCACCUGGUGUCCCUGACCAUGAGCGGCGUCACCACGUCGCUGCGCUUCCCGGGCCAGCUCAACGCCGACCUGCGCAAGCUGGCCGUGAACAUGGUGCCCUUCCCGCGCCUGCACUUCUUCAUGCCCGGCUUCGCGCCGCUCACGGCCCAGGGCAGCCAGCAGUACCGCGCGCUCUCAGUGGCCGAGCUCACCCAGCAGAUGUUCGACGCCCGCAACACCAUGGCCGCCUGCGACCCCCGCCGCGGCCGCUACCUGACCGUGGCCUGCAUCUUCCGGGGGAGGAUGUCCACCAAGGAGGUGGACGCGCAGCUGCUCGCCGUGCAGACCAGAAGCAGCAGCUGCUUCGUGGAGUGGAUCCCCAACAACGUCAAGGUGGCCGUGUGCGACAUCCCGCCCCGCGGGCUGAGCAUGGCGGCCACCUUCAUCGGCAACAGCACGGCCAUCCAGGAGCUCUUCGGCAGGAUUUCCGAGCACUUCUCGGCCAUGUUCAAGAGGAAGGCCUUCGUGCACUGGUACACGGGCGAGGGGAUGGACAUCAAUGAAUUUGCCGAAGCCGAGAGUAACAUCCAGGAUUUGGUGUCCGAGUACCAACAGCUUCAAGAUGCCGAAGCAGUUCCGGAGGGGAAGGAGGAGGUCGGGGGGGAGGCAGAAACGGAACCAGGAGAUAAGGGGGAUUAACCACGAGAGAAGCUGUGUGGGGGCAGCCGCGGCGUGGAGUCACGUCCAGUGUUCUCACCUAGGAGGAGUGAGUCCCCGCGGCCGUCCCCGGCCGGUUCCGCACCGCAGCACCGCGAGCCACACGCAGCCACCCAGUAUUAGCUUCGACACAGGACUGCGCGGGUGGGGCAGUACUGAUGGGCAGUGGGGUCUUCUGCUGGCACCGACUAACCUUGAAGAGCUUCAUAUUCCCUGCCCACUCUAGUCGCUUCUUUUUAAUAGCCAGGUGAAUUUAUGGUAAAGCGCUCCCUCUGUUUAAAGAUCUGGAUUGGCUAUUUGCUGUAUGCCUAGCACCACGCCAGGCAUCAGGGCUCCACACGUGGACGCGUGGGGAGCCACUGCAGUUGAGGUUAAAUUGUAAACGCUGUAGCUACGCUGGUAAGCGUCCCGGGAUUUGUACUUGGCAUCCCGGGCUGCUAAGGCUCUUCCUGCAGGUGCUCUCUUAACUUGCUGCCCGCAGCCCACCUGCUCACACCUGCCGGCCUCCAGAAAAGCCAGGUGACUGCUUGGCGUGCGGGAGGUUCGCAGAGGUAAAUGGGCUUCAGCGUCCACUAGUAAAUUGUGGAGACCGUGUGUAUGUUUCAACGUACCAACUGCAAAGGGUAAAAGGGAGGAAAGGAGAGUGGCAUUCCUUCCCUCAAAUACCCGGGCAAAAAAAUAAAAACCAAAAACCAAAAAACGACAAGCAAAACUCGACAACUCCAAUCCUCUGAUCUUUAUGUCUGAAGGGCUAGCUUUUAACAUACGUGUAUUUACAUACUUUUAAGUUUCUUAUUAAUGUUUGAUUCUGGGAAUACAUUAAUCAUCAUCUUUGGUUUUCCUUGUAAAGGCUAUUUCGAAAUGCCCAUUUCACUUUCAUGCGGCGAUCACCUCCUGAAAGCUCUCUAUAGCUGCUCUGUUCUUUAAAAGGGCACAGGCGCGCUCGGCAACCAUUCAAACGGAGGAAUUGAGCAGCGGUGGCUGCGCUGUCCUUUGCGGUUACGGAGGACAUCGUCUCAUCAGGGAACUUCUACAGUUCAAAUUAAUUUGCAGAAGUUGCCAUAAAUGUUUGCAUGAGGAUGCAGCUUUCACCAUUACAUGAUUUUAAUCUGCUCACGUUACAACAGGACCAGAUACACAAAAGCGUAAUCAGAUCAUCCAUAACUUCUUAAUUACAGUUUACCUAUUCCUGACAUACAGCACUACCAUCCCUUCCAGCGCCGUAAGGGUUUUAAUGGCCUUCUAGAAUUACCACGGAGCUGUCCUAUUUGAUCCACGGGUAGCUGGUGACAGGAGGAAAUAUUUACUUGCAGGCAACUGGAUUUGCUCUGUAACCUGCAGUAAGGAGGUGGCCGGUGAAUGGGUGACAGCAGCUCAUUCUGAGAAACUUCACUCUUUUCAUGUAUGUCUCAUGAGGAAGUAACUAAAACAUGUACCAAGAGAAAAUUAAGUCUCGCUGUUGGUAUCAUGACAAGUCUUCUAUUUCCAGAAUUACAAAAAAAAAAAAAAAAAAAAAAAUUAAAUACUUCCUACUUGUGGUUCAAAAAGCACUAAAAACAAAAGUAGAUUUAAAAGUAGAUUUAAGGAACUGCACCUAAACUACUCCUACUUUGAAGUUCAUAACUUCCUUAGAUGCUAAAAAGACUUAUAACCUGUGAUUACAUAAGAAUUUACACACAUGAUUCCUCUAGCACUUUUUUUCAUUUUCUCAAAUCUAAAAAGGUAAUUAAAUAGAUGCAAGAAAGGACAAAGAUCUAAAUUAAAAAAAAACCCUGCUAAUUUAUAUUACUGUAAAGAUUUUUGUUUGCUCAACAGUAAUCAUUAAAAUAAAAAGAAAUGCAAUUUUAAAUGGCUAAAUUGCUUUAUUUCUGACUAAAUAAAUUCCUUUUCUUGGAAUUCUAACCGUCCAGACUGAUUAAUGUGAGUAGUUAAAAAUAUUUUCAGAAUGCAUCUCACCAUCCUACUCUUUCGUAUGGUAGAAAUAGAUUAAAAAAAAAAAAACCAAAAGAACACUAGAAACCAAAAGAAAUCUGUCCCCUAUGAUUUUGAAGAGCCUAUUCCUUUAGCUGUACGGUUGCUACAGUGACAUUGGUCUCUCGGAGACCAAGACGGUAGAAUCCGAAUUUUAGAGCUUGUCCGAUUCCUUCACUUCACACACAAGAACACUGCUUGAGUGAAGAGACUGAAUCCCUCACAAAUCACUCAGGUGGUCAGUGAAAUACCCACGACAAGAUCUGAUCAGGGCCCCCUGGUAAUCCGGACACAGUGGUCCUGCCAGCUCCCAGCAGGGCAUGAGGCAGGGCAUCACAGUAUCGGUUCAGGAUUUUUUAAUCACAGAGAAAGAGCCUCAAAGAAUCUUUACUGAGCAGUGAAUCUGUCCUUUACUCAGUUGACUUUUAAUCCUUUCCAUACCACAAGCCCUGUCCCUAAGUCUCGUCUCUAAUUAUCCCAUUUGCCUCCCCAAUAAAUGACUUCUCUCUAAUUAACUUGGCUGGAGAGAAUUUAGCCCUUUGCCUAUCAGUUACUUUACUUGCCUGCUACCAAAAAGGCCCCACGGCCUUGUGAUCCAUUUAUUCCUGUCCCUGUAAUGAAAGAUGCCUCCUGGUACCUUAACUGUGGGGACCGGAAGCAUGACAACUGAGGGGCCUUGACUUCAAAAGAGCAGGACAACAGCCUGAGGCACAGGGGCUCGUAGGCUGCUUCUGUCCAGCCCUGCGGCUCCUCCUCGUGUGCCCCACGCCAAGAACGAGAUAAAGCCUGUAGGUCAAGUGUCCAGGGCAGGAAGUCCUCUCCAGAAGCCAACAACAAAGGCAUUUUCUUGCACUCAUCCUUGGCAUGGCGGAGUGGCCGUGAUAAAUUGUUAGCUUAAGUACCAAGCUGAGAACCUGUCCUGGGGCAGAAGCUGAACGGUGUUUCAACAUUUCCUGUCCAAGUGUAACUCUCUUAUCUCCACAAGUGGGUAAAAAUCAAACAGUUAACUUUGCAACUUUGUAAACUUUGGGGUUUUACCCGCCAACUGCCUUCAAGUUUCAAAGAAAGAGAAAAACACCCCACUGGCAACAAUUCUUCAACCCUAAAUAUUUAAUAGGUAAAUGAAUCACCAUGAAAACACCAUGCACCUGCUGUAAUGAUCACGCCCUAGACCUGCAGUCCAGAAGCUUAGAUUUUCACGUCAGCUCGGCCAUCAACUCGGUAAGCAAGUUCCUGAGUGGCUUUGCCUCACUUCCUAUGAGAAGUGCUCCCAGAAUAUAAAGAUUCACUUAUAAGACAAUGUGAAAAGUUAUCUUGUGUUUAGUGAAUUUCAACAAUAGUACUUCUCGGUAGCUUUGAAGUGAACAGAAAAUGAAUAUUACAAUUUAGUAUUUCUUCUUCUCAUCUAUGCUUUCCACAAUUAUCCGCACUCAGCCUGCAGAGUGGCACCCCCUGGAUACGCCUGCCUGCCCAGAAGGACGAGGCCAGCAGACAACCCGCCCCACCCCUGACCCCAACCCACUGCUCUGACAUGACGUCUGCAAUUCAAAGGUAAGGGGCAAGACAGCCUCAAUGACGGCGCCCAAU